GAAUAGUACUGUUAAUGACAGGAUUUCUAGAAGCACCACCACUGCUGGAGAGCUUUAGGUUUUAGAAGAUGGGGUGGUCUAGCAUGUUGCUCUUAGGCAAUGUCCUUCUAACCUUAUGGCUUUCUAUUGUCAAAGAAGACCAGAGCCCAGAGUAAUCUUCAUCAUAGAAGCUUCAUCCAGCAACUGAUGGGAGCAGAUGCAGAAACCCACAUCCAAAUAUUAGGGGAAGCACAGAGAAUCCUGCAGAAGAGAGGAAGGAAGGAUGUGAAACCUUGUGAUUAUCCACAAAUCAAAAAUGGUGGUCUAGUUUCUGCUGCAAUCCACAAACAUUCUUUCCCAGCACAGUUAGGAAAGAGAUCCAUCAUUUACUGCAAUAGAGGAUUUGGGCCUUUUCCCAUGAAUGUCAUUUACUGCACUCAACAAGGAUGGGAGCCUAAAGUUCCAUGCCGCACUAAUUCCUGUAUGGACCCACCACAUGUAGAAAAUGCUACUAUAACAUGGCUAUCUGGUGAGACAGUACGUUAUGAAUGUAAUAAACCUCUUAAAAUAUUUGGAGAAGUGGAAGUGAUAUGUCAAAAUGGAACUUGGACAGAACCACCAAGAUGCAAAGAAACGACAUGCAAACCUCCUUCUAUUCCAAAUGGUUUCUAUUUUCCUCAGAAGACUGAAUAUAAAACUGAUGAUGCAAUCAUAUAUGAUUGUAAAGUUGGCUCCUAUCCUGCAACUAAAAUACCUCUUGUAAAGUGUACAAGUGAUGGCUGGAUCCCUGCUCCAAGAUGUAACUCAGAACCUUGUGAUUUUCCACAAAUCAAAAAUGGACGUCUAUAUGAUGAAAACUAUCUCAGGCAGCUCCUCCCAGUACCUGCAGGAAAGUGGUUCUUCUAUCACUGCAACAGUGGAUAUAAGAUAUCUUCAGAUAAGAGAUCCAUUAUCUGCACUGGACAAGGCUGGGAGCCACAAGUUCCAUGCGUCAGAGAAUGUAAUUUCCAUAAUGUGGAGAAUAGAAAAUCUUUAUUAUGGGACCUAUCAUAUACAGAGGGCCAGUCUGCAAAAGUCAAUUGUCAACCUGGCUACAGUCCUCCAAAUGGUCAAGACAUAGUUACAUGUACAGAGAACGGCUGGUCUCCUCAACCCAAAUGCAUCCGUGUCAGCAUCCAGUUAGACCAGCACCAUUAGUUGAACGUGCUUUCUUUGUCUAUUGUGUAUUUUUGACAUCUUUAUCAAAAACCACACAUCAAUAGAUCCAUAAAUAGUAUCAGAAGAAAUUAUGGAAAUUAAGACCUAAUUUUCAGAUGGAGAGAAAAACAAAAGCAGUAUUAUGAGUCAGGGGAGACUCAACAAUUUAAGUGUAAAAAUGGAUAUCAUCUAGCAGCAUCUCAACUAUUUCAUACAAUGUGGAUUGAUGGUCACAUUGAUUAUCCCACUUAUACAAAAUAUUAAAAGCAUUAAUUGAAUUUAGUCAUACAACUUUCUUUGGUUAAGGUGUAUGCAUAUUAUCAAUAGUUUCAAUUUUACUUUUGAAGUAUUGUUUAACUCAAUUUUAUUAUAAACUUGUAUUGAUAUAUGGUGAUUAAUCUGGCAACUGAGAGACUGUUGACACAAAGGCCAAUGUGAUUUAUUCAAAACUCCCCAAACAUGAUGUGUCUUAGCACAAAAAUCAGUGGCAAGGUAAUAGAUGUAAUCACUUCCCAAUCUGUCUUUAUCCACCACUUUCCCAAAGCUUCUUCUACACCUUUUGAUUCCAAGAUUCACAGUGAACACAAGUCUUUAAAAUGUGUAAUUUCACAAAUAUGAAAGAACAAAAUGUCAUACUUUAUAUUACUAAUGAAUAUAAGUAAUUUGUGUGAUUUUGCUUUUGUUACUAAUUAAUAAAUAAGAAUUUUGUGAAUUAAUUUUCAAAUGUACCACUUUUAUAAUGUUAAAUAUACAACAACUAUAUAAAAGAACAAAUUUUAAUUGGGUAUAAGAGUACAUUGAAUACCACAAUUUUGGCAUUAAAAACCUAUAAAAAUUUUGUAUAACUUACAAACAGGUAAGAUGCACAUACUCUAUGCCCCAAAACAAUAAAGAAAAUUGUGUUGAAUAUAAUAAACAUAAAA